AUGCUUCAGCAGCUGCUUCUGAUCUCUCUGCUGGGUCUCACGUGGACAUCAGUCGGACUGCCGUGCUCUCAGAUGAUCCCUUCGCAGGAGCCUCCUUCAACUGUUAAUGUUGUUAGGCCCUCAGAUGUGGGUCUGCUUUCCGCCAUUGGACUUCACAUGCGCAGCACUGAGCUGUCCUCAGUUGUAUCAAGACUUAGAGAGCUGAUGGUUCUGUUCAAUCCUGAACUGAUUAGUCACCUCUCAGAGGAAACAAACCUUUACACCCCUCAGCCUAUACAACACAGCACUCUGGUGGAUCGGGCAAAGGAACUGUCCCUCUAUCUACAGAACAGUCAGGCUCCCAAUGUGAAUCGGGACUGGAAGUUGGUGAUUCUCUUUGUUCAGUUGGAUCAGUUUUGUGCCUGUGAGGACCAGCAGGUCUCAUCAAUUAUCGAGGCAGUGGUCAAAGAGGUGGAUAAGGCUCUGCAGUUGCUGCAUUCUCGGCUGAAACGGACCAUUGUCAGUGUUGCAUUAUGGGAUGGAGAGCAUGACACUAUGCAGAGCAAAUCAUGCCAGUGUUUGGAAACAAACAGUGAAGGGGAGCUCAGGCUCCUGAGAGCCGUGCUGACUCAGUCUCUGCAGGAAUCUUUGGAUGAGCUGUUGGUACAGAAACACUGGUACGGUGACAGAAAAGACUUCACUGUUACCCUUCAGAAUAUACCUUUCAUCACAGACCCAUCAUUUACUGCUAGAGGGAAGCAUCUCACUGAGUCUGAAGCAUUACAGCACAAAGAUAAACUGUUGGUGCAGAUGUGGACAAACCUGCUGCAGGCCACAGUUGCCCAAUAUAAAACAAAGGACAACGGUAAGAUCUUCACAUUGCCAUGUCCAAGCGAGGAACGACCCUACCUGAGGACAGAAGGAAACUCUCCGUCAUAUCACCACAGCAAUAUCUCUCCUCUCAUGGAGCCUUUUACAGGGACAGAAAUGCCCUGUGAGGACUUAAGUCCCUCACCUUCCACACCCACUUCAGUCCACAAACUCAGACCUGGAGACGUGAAAGUUGUUGCUGCUGUUGGCAAUUCGUUGACAGCAGGCAAUGGCAUUGCAUCCAGGCCAUCUGAUAUCCUGGAUGUCUUGCGUCAAUACAGAGGUUUAUCCUGGAGCAUUGGUGGAGAUGAAAACCUGACUAGCGUCACCACUCUGCCCAACAUCUUGAAAUAUUUCAGCCGAAACCUGACGGGCUACUCUGUUGGCACGGGCCAGCAGGACACACCUCAAGCAUUCCUUAACCAGGCUGUGGCAGGAGCAAAAAGCCAUAAUGUACCAACCCAAGUGCGUGCUCUGGUGGAAAGAAUGAAGAAUGACUCUAGGAUCAACUUUGAAUCAGACUGGAAGGUGAUCACCUUUUUCAUUGGAGGAAAUGACCUGUGUGAGCACUGCUACAACUCUCUACGUUACUCUACAGAAAAUUAUUUUCGCAAUGUCCGAGAAAGCCUGGAUUAUCUUCACAAGGAGGUGCCUCGGGCUCUGGUGAACUUAGUAGAGCCUCUGCAGAUAACACAACUAAGAGAAAUGCACAAAGAUCCCUCACUUAAAUGCCCAACCUGGCUGGUGAAGAUUAUGUGUCCUUGCGUUAUUUUGCCAAAGUCCAACUCUGAGGCUCUUCAAAUGUUGGAAGACCUUAACAGAAGCUAUCAGCGAGUGCUACAUGAACUCGUGGAGUCCAGCCGGUAUGACACUCGAUCAGACUUCACUGUGGUUAUCCAGCCUUUUUUCAGAGACAUCAUUUUCCCCAGGCUGCCGGAUGGCCGCCCUGAUCGCUCUUUUUUUAGUGCUGACUGCUUCCACGUCAGCCAGAAGGCCCAGACCAUGAUGGCUCGCUCCCUUUGGAACAACAUGUUGGAGCCACUGGGCAACAAGACUUCUUUACAGGACUUUUCUGUAUCCACUGGCCUGAAAUGCCCAAGUCAGACUUCACCUUAUAUUCGGACCUACAACAACAGCAAUUACAUCUAUUCCAGUCCCUCCCCAACACCUCAGCCUAAUACAAACUGGGGAAGUGACUUUUCCUGUGUAAAUAUUGCACCAUCUGACACUGUGCCAACUUCAGUCCACAAGCUGAGGCCAGCAGACAUUAAAGUGGUGGCAGCAUUAGGAGACUCUGUGACAACAGGCACUGGUGCUAAAGCAAAGAACAUAUUUGAGCUCAAUACAAAGUAUAAAGGAGUAUCAUGGAGCAUUGGAGGUGAUGAUACUCUGGACACAGUCACAACACUACCAAACAUCUUAAAGAAGUUCAACCCCUCUCUGAAAGGCUUUUCCAAAGGUCAGGGGUUAUUGCAGAAACACUUCAACAUGGCUGAACCUGGAGUUAAGGCAUCAGAUAUCCCAUCACAAGUCCAAGCUCUCAUCAAGGCCAUAAGAAAAGAUACGGAGGUGAAUUUUGAAAAGGACUGGAAACUUCUGACAAUAUUUAUAGGAGGCAAUGACCUCUGCAAUUACUGCUUUGAUCAAAAUAAUCUAUCGCCCAAGAACUACAGCCAUAAUCUUAAAAUCAGCUUGGAUAUGCUUUACAAAGAGGUACCGAGGUUGUUGGUUAAUGUCGUGGAGAUCAUGCAGAUAAAUCUGUUGAAAUCAGUUACGAGGAACACUCUGGGCUGCUCACUAAUCCAGAGGACCAGCUGUCCCUGUGUUAUCAACCCAUCAGAAAAGUCUCCAGAGCUUGAGGAGAUGAAACGAAUCAAUCACGAGUACCAGGCUGAGCUCCAGUAUCUUGUAUCUGGAGAUCUCUAUGACGGAAAAGAAGACUUUGCUGUCGUACUUCAGCCAUUUUUACGUAAUUCCUUCAUCCCUAAAAUUGGAGAGGGUGAGCCAGAUACAAGUUUCUUCUCUGUAGACUGUUUCCACAUCAGUGAGCGAGCACAUGCUGAGAUGGCCAUUGGUCUGUGGAAUAACAUGUUAGAGCCUAUAGGGAGAAAGCAGGCCUACAACAACUUCACAUAUGACCGCUCCAAAAUUCACUGUCCCUCUGAGGCCAGUCCGUUUAUCUUCACCAAGAUCAACAGUCUUCCAAGUCCAUCAGGAACCACACCUACUCCAUUUACAGACUCCACCCACAGUUCCAGCUCUGCGUUAACAGCCCCUGUGCUCAACUGUCCCUCCUCCACCCCUGUGUGGGUCCCUGUCCUUGUGGGAAUUGUAGGUUUAGUGGUGGGUUUUGCUGCCUGUUGGAUAAUUCUGUCCCUCGGUCAUCGGCGCAAAAGCAAGGCAGAGAGAAAAGAGCUUGAAAUGAAAGGAACAGCUUUUUAA